UGUUAGUGAGCCCCUUAAGCCAACUCCAGUCAGGCACGUGGUGGCCGUCAGCAGAGAGAAAGGAUGAAGGGUGGGAGAUGUGAACCCCGACACUCCCACCCCAGGAGAAACCAAACAUUCUCAUUUGGAACAAGACGAAGAAGGACUGAAGCAAGGCUGCAAAUCACAUGCUAACUUCUGCUGGUACUUGAAGGCGAGAAAGGAGCCUGAGAACCGCAGACCACGAAAGGGCGGGGCUGACCGACCGGUGAACUGCAAUUCCCGGCAUGCCCGAGGAGGCGGGGCCCAGAGACUGCGCCGGCGCCCGCGCUCACGUGACUUCGGCAUGGCGGCGUUUGCCGAUUUGGACCUACGGGCGGGUUCCGACCUGAAGGCGCUGCGCGGGCUCGUGCAGAACGCUGCUCACCUGGGCUAUUCAGUGGUUGCCAUCAAUCAUGUUGUUGAAUUUAAGGAAAAGAAACAGGAAAUUGAAAAACCAGUAGCUGUUUCUGAACUCUUUACAACUUUGCCAAUCGUACAGGGAAAAUCAAAACCAAUUAAAAUUUUAACUCGACUAACAAUUAUCGUUUCGGAUCCAUCACACUGUAAUGUUUUGAGAGCAACUUCUUCAAGAGUCCGGCUGUAUGAUAUUGUUGCAGUUUUUCCAAAGACAGAAAAACUUUUUCAUGUUGCUUGUACACAUUUAGAUGUGGAUUUAGUCUGCAUAACUGUAACAGAGAAGCUACCAUUUUAUUUCAAAAGACCCCCUAUUAAUGUGGCAAUUGACCGAGGAGUGGGCUUUGAACUUCUCUAUAGCCCUGCUAUCAAAGACUCCACGAUGAGAAGGUACACAAUUUCCAACGCCCUCAAUUUGAUGCAGGUCUGCAAAGGAAAGAAUGUAAUUAUAUCUAGUGCUGCAGAAAGGCCUUUAGAAAUAAGAGGCCCAUACGAUGUGGCAAACUUAGGGUUGCUGUUUGGGCUGUCCGAAAGUGAUGCCAAGGCUGCAGUGUCCACCAACUGCCGAGCUGUGCUUCUGCAUGGAGAAACUAGAAAAACUGCUUUUGGAAUUAUUUCCACGGUGAAGAAACCUCGGACAUCAGAAGCAGAUGAUGAUUCUCUUCCAGCCUGCAAAAAAGCCAAGUGUGAGAGCUGAAAAGAACCCUCCAUCUCGGUCAACACUCUGCCCUUUCAGAGUCCAUCA